AUGGCGACAUCGACGCUUCGGAGGCUCUCCUCCCAAAUCCACCGGCUCCCUUCCAUCUCUCCCUUCACCAAAUCCAUCGUCACCCGCUCCUCCACCACCGCCGUGGCCUCCUCAGCGCCACGCACAUCCUCCGCCAGAGUCUCCGACAGGAUCGUCAAGCUCUUCGCGAUCGACCCGGAGGGGCAGAAGCGCGAGAUCGUGGGGCUCAGCGGGCAGACUCUGCUCAAAGCCCUGACCAACCAUGGCCUGAUCGACCCAGCUUCCCACCGCCUCGAGGAGAUCGACGCCUGCUCCGCCGAGUGCGAGGUCAACAUCGCCCAGGAGUGGCUCCAGAAGCUCCCUCCCAGAUCCUACGACGAGGAGUACGUGCUGGAGAGGAACUCCAGGGCUAGGGUUGCCAACGUCCACUCCAGGUUGGGUUGCCAGGUCGUGAUUACCCCUGAACUCCAAGGUAUGGUUGUCGCCGUCCCUGAACCUAAGCCCUGGGACACUCCGUAA